AAUCUAAGCAUCCCAAAGAUGGAGACUUACUUUGCUCACAGUGCCUGCUUAAAAAGAUCCACAGAUUCCAGUUGAGAUUACUGUAGCAGCCAGACCCUUCCUUCCUCAGGAGGAGCAGCAGUUCUUAUCAACAGCCACGUUGACAGAACCUGUGUUUUGGAAAAGGACGAUGGCUUCGAGACUAGUUUGGAGAGCAUUUGCACCAUUUCAUAUGAACCACUGUGGUGUCUUUCUGAAAGCUGUGAGAAGCAAUGGUCUUUCCUUGUUUCCCUGGGGCCAUUCCCCUUGGAGAGGAACUGGAAGCUUUUUGGACCCCGAGAUGAAAGCUUUCCUGGAAGAGAACACCGAAGUCACCAGCAGUGGCAGCCUCACCCCUGAAAUCCAGUUGCGGCUUUUGACGCCCAGAUGCAAGUUCUGGUGGCAAAAAGCUGACCUGUGGCCCUACAGCGAGCCUUACUGGGCAAUCUACUGGCCAGGAGGCCAGGCACUGUCUAGGUAUCUUUUGGAUAAUCCUGAUGUUGUUAGAGGAAAGUCUGUGUUAGAUCUUGGGAGUGGAUGUGGAGCUUCAGCUAUUGCUGCCAAGAUGAGUGGGGCAUCAAGGAUCUUGGCCAACGACAUAGACCCUAUUGCAGGAAUGGCUAUCAUACUGAAUUGUGAGUUGAACCAACUGAACCCUUUUCCCAUUUUAACCAAAAACAUUUUGGAUUUGGAACAAGAAAAGUGGGACCUUGUUGUGCUUGGAGAUAUGUUUUAUGAUGAAGACCUUGCAGACAGUCUUCAUCAAUGGCUGAAGAAUUGCUUUUGGACCCACAGAACUCGAGUACUGAUUGGUGACCCUGGACGACCCCAGUUUAGUGGACAUAGCAUUCAACAUCAACUGCACAAAGUGGUAGAAUAUUCACUUCCAGAGCCUACCAGGAGGGAAAACAAUGGGUUGACAACAAGCACAGUAUGGGAUUUUCAGCCUUGAGUUGUCUAAGUGCUUCCAAGUGAAUAUAACUAUGUUUGGGUUUAACGCUAAAAGACCCUCCAGUUUAAAGCAUGUAUAUCUUGUUUCCAAAAUACUAAGUCAUAAGUUUUGUCAGCCUUUGUCAUGUAACUCAUUCUGCAUUAUGCCAAAUAUGCAAAUCUCUACCUGACAGUUUUCUACUUUUACUGCUAUAGGAAUAGAAUUCUAGAAGGCAGUACCAAAAUGGUAGCAACAUGUAACUUAAGUAGUAGAGAAGAAUGAGAAAGAAAAUGAAAAAGCGAAGUCUGUUUCUGUAGUUGAGAAAACUAUAUGAUGGAUCUUCAAAUUAGACCCAAUACAAAAUAGAGAAGAGUACUAUAUUUCAAAAACAAUGACCUGUAAAGAUCAGAGCUGCAUUUAGUGUGCUACAGAGUAUGUGGGCUUUGGAGUCAGGCAACUCUGUCACUUUCUAGUUGGGACUUUAGGCCAGUUAAGCUCUCUGAACUUUAAUUUCUUCAUCUAUAAAACUGUAACAAACUUAAGAAACCUCACUUCAAGGCUAUUUUAUUAAAUGAAAGAAUAAAGUGCCUCAUACAGUACUUGGUACACAAUAGGACCUCAACUGACAGUCGUGGAUAAAAAUAAAGAUUUUAAAAUUAAAUAAAUAAAU